AUGUCGGCGCCUUGCCCCCGCUCCUCCUCGUGCGAGCGGUGCAGCGCUUUCCCGGGAUCGAGACAUUUCUCGGAAAUUUCCUCCAAGGGGGGAGACUUGAGCAGCAACUCUUCCAGCACCAUCGCCGCCGGACUCAGGCGCGCGGACUCCGGGUGGCACCUGGGCCUGGUGCUCGGCCUCCUGAUCGGCGGCCUGUGCUACGGCCGGGGAGGGGGGGGGGGAUCCAGCGUGGUGGCGAAGGACGGGGGGGAGGGGACGUCGUGGUUCGAUGACAAGCCCGCGUUCGUGGCGUGCGCUGCCGCCUGCUCGGUGGUGCUGUCCGUCGCCGUGGUGGCCUGGCGGCGCACCGGCAACGACGGCGCGAUAAAAAGUGAAACCGUCGUCGGGUGCGGCCGAACAACCGGGGCCCUGAGCGUCUUCGGCCGCCGCCUCCGGCAUGGUAAGGGGGGUUCCGCAGGGCGAAAGGAGGCGUUUGGGGAGGGGGAGGACGGUGGGGAGGAGGAGCCCUUGCUGGCUGGUGGAUCUCUUGACGCCCCUGGGCCGUCGUCAUCGGCGUCUGAGCCGGGCGAGAGAACUGACGUGGAGGCAGGGGCGGGGGGUGGCGCUGAUUGCCCCGUGUCUUCGAGGUAUCUGGCCGCCUGCAAGGGAAACACGGUCGCCGCGAAGGCGAUGUGGGACGAAACCGUCAAAUGGCGAACGGACACAGGAGCCGAGCGGUCGCUUUCCACCCCCCAGCCGACCCUGGACAUCAUCAAGCAGUGCUACCCUUACUUCGUGCACGGCCGUUCCAAGAAGGGCGAAGUAGUGGUCUACGAGCAAACGGGGAAGAUGCAGUUCGGCCGCCUCGCGGAUGCCGGCGUUUCCCCGUUCGAUAUGCAGAUGCACUACGCGUUCUUCAACGACUUCGUGUUCAGCAAGCUCAACGACGAGGACGACGACGAUGCCAAGCUCAUGACCGUGCUCGACGUCGGGGAGCUCCGGCUGGCGACCAUCAAGAACAACACGGUCGUUACAAAAUACCUCGCCGCCACGGCGGAGGUGAUGCAGAAGCACUACCCCGAGCGCCAGAGCCGCAUCCUGGUGGUGAACGCCCCGUGGUGGUUCGCGGGCAUCUGGAAGGGGGUGUCCGGAGUCCUGUCUUCGGGGACCCAGGCGAAGCUGCAGAUCAGGGGGAAGAACUUCUUGCCGACGCUGCUGGAGCACGUGGACGCUUCGCAGAUACCCUCGGAAUACGGCGGUGAUAGCCCGCAAGCCCUGGGAGAGUCCACGGAUGAGAUGGCCUUGUGUAGACUGGCAGCUAGCUUGGGUCCGACGUCGUUGCCGCCGCCGCCAGAAGGGGCUGCACCCUCGCGGUCCGAUGCCGGCGACGGCGAAAGGAGCGGCGAUGGGUCGGCGGUUGGCAGUGUCGCUAGCGGGGACGGGGACGACGAUCAUCUUGUCCCGGAUUAUAGCGACGGUGUUGGUAGUGAGAGCGGGGUCAUGGAGGAGGGUGGAAUUCCUGGUGAAUUUGUUGGCGGCGGCGGCGGCGGGGGUAGUAGCCAUGGCCUUCGCGAUGGCGAGGAAGGCAGCGCGCUGCAGGCGUCCCCGCGGCCGCGCGAGAGCUCGGCCGUCUCUGCUGCCGCCGCCGCCGGCGGCGCUAGUCGCGACGCAAAAGGGGCGAGCUUUGGUCCCGGGAGCGGCGAAGACGGGGACGGCGGCGAGAGGGGACCAUCGGCAGACGGCGGCGGCAGCACCGGGGGGCUAGGCGUGACCCAGCGGUUCGCGUCGGCAGUGCGAAGGAUGCGAGGGGGCGCCACUAGGGCAUACCUCGGUGUGGAGAACAAAUUCCGGUACGACACGGCCCGACGGAUGUGGGUGAUGGAGGGCGAGGGGAGGGGUCGAAGCGGGGCGACAGGGAACGACGGCAGCGGUGGUGUCGGCGAGAGAACAAGGCGCAAAGACACAGGAGGCGCGCAGGAUGAAACCGCCAGAGAUAGCGACGGCGACAAGGACAACUCGGAGCAGAACUUGAUCCGCGCCAUCCAAGCCGCGCAGCAGGCGCGGGGCGGAGCGAAGAGCGUUUUCUCCUCCGGGGCCAACGGCGGCAACGGCGGCGGCGGCGGCGGCGACAUUGUCAGGACGUGGAGGAUGGACGGCCCGCCCCCGGGGGGGAGCGAGGGCGGCGAGACUACGGCAGCGGUGGUUCUGGCGCUGCACCUGGUGUGGGUGGCGUUGGAAGCGGCCACAGAGGCUUUGCUGCCGUUGUGGAUGCUAUCCCCUGGGGGUCACGGCGGUCUCGGGUUCUCGGCUGCAGACACGGGUGUCGUUCUGGCGAUCGCGGUGGCCGCGCUGGCCUUGCCGCGGUACUUCUCUCCGGCCGCGCUGCUGCGGGUGGCCGCUCGCUCCCCCGUCCGCACGCUCCGGGCGGCCACGAGCGUCCAGGUUAUCGCCGCCACCUUCCUGUCCGGGGUAGCAACCUCGGCGUGGACGUGGACGGGCCCGCUCUCCCGAGACGCCACCUUCGCCGCCGUUACCGCGGCCGCCGCCGCGUCCCGAGCGGCGUCCACGAUGCUCGCACGGCCGGCCCUGGGCAACCUCUUGAGCGUCGCUCUCGGCCACGCCGGCGGCGGCGGCGGCGUCAGCGACCGGCACCACCGCCGGCGGUCGGCGGACGGCGUCCUGCUGGCGGUGACCGCCGGGGUUUCGCAGUCAAUAGGCGUGUUGGCGAUGGGGGUGGUGUUUUCCAGGGCCGUGGCGGCUGGAGCGGACGCCGGCGUCGUGUCGUUCAGGCUCGUCGCUGCUGCCUUCGUCGGCGUGUAUCUGGCGACGCUCUUGGUGUCUUCCUCGAGCGGGACGGCGGGGUCCAGGGCGCGAUGGCGCUGCGGCGGCGGCGGCGGCAGCGGCGGGCCCUGGCUCGCCAUGUGUGACUGCGUGGAGGAGGCGACGGCCGCGAGCACCGUGUCGUCCCCGCCGAUGUCGUCGUACACGCUGGGGGAGGUGUGGGGGGGGGAUCAAGCGGGGGGCGGGUGGGUCGCGGGUGCAAGCGACCUGGCAAAGGAGUCUUGA